UCGAGUCCCACGGGUCAUUUCACGCCCGCGACAUCCAGAGCACGGACCAUUGGCAGCGACAACUUUUCGAACGACAUAUCUGGGUUGUCCACGGUCCAUCGAAUGGAAACGAUUCGCCGAGGAAAGGUGCUCUAAAAGCUUGCGAACGUUUUUUUGGAAAUCAUUCGUCAUGGAUUCGAAACAGAAGAAACAGGAACAUCUGCCGAUAAUAGACGGCCAAUGCUACGUGAAUCUGACCGCGCCGAUUUCUGGAGAGGUUCUUCAAGCCGAUGGUAAUUCGAGGCUCGACUCGGAACACGGCAGCAACAAACGCGUGAAACGUUGUAAAUUUCCGCAUUUAAAGGAGCUUCUGUUCGCGAUAUUAAUUAUCUGCUUUGCCGUAUUCAUGGGGUAUUUAACUGUCACGUCGGGUUAUUUCUUUCGAAUCCAACAAAUUCAAAUGGAAUCAACUAAUGAUCAAUACGAGCCACGAGAAGAAUUUGUUUUGAAUAAAUCGAUACCAGAGGAACAAACCACAAAAUCGGAUAAUCAGGAUUUACAAGAGUAUUUCUAUAGCCAGCAGAUACCGGAUAUGACUCCUGAAUUGCGCGCGAUCUUGUUACAAAUAGAUCAAAGCCGUCUGAAACGUAACACUAAUACGAGCCCGUGUAACCAGAAUAUGAAACACUGCAAGACCAUCAUGAAUUCGAUGCUGAGUAUCGUCAGCAUCGUGAACAUCAGCUUGCCUCAUCUGCAUGUUCUCCUAGGGAACUCUUCCUUAGAAACGAACGGGACCAAGUCGAAAUUCGUAGAAUUGGUCAAAUGUCUUCAAUGUAAAAAUGAUUCCACAUUGUUCAACAAUGAAACAGCCAAAGAAAAUGAUAAUCAAACGAUGAAAGAGCACUUUGAUCAGGCUCAGAUUAAGAAGAACGUUGACGUUGUCAAUAAUUUGUUGGAUAAUGAUUUGAGUAGUAAUUCAAUGACAUCUACUGAACCUGAGGUUCAACAUUCAACAGUGUCGAUUUUUUAUGAACCUUCGAAGGAACAUAAAUCGACAUCGCCAGAAAAGGAACCGAUUAAUGCAACAACAAGUGCAUCAGUGACGUCGAAAACGGAAGAAGCGACGGCCCUGACGAAUCAAAUCGAUGACACGGAGCAGACUACGAUUACCAUGAACGUGACGAUCGAGCUAGACAGAGACAACGCGACGGAAAUUGCGAAUAACACAGUGCAUCCUUCGAUGCAUCCUUCGGACCAAGGUCGCGGUGAUUGGAACGCUUCGGAAAGGGACGGUGAAAACGCCCCGAAGAGCUCCCGAAAGUCGAACUAUCUGAACAUCAAAGAAAGAAUCAUCUUUAGCGACCAGCUGCAAAACAAAGGAACCAUGGACUCGGGUCCAGGCAUGAUCCCAACUGCGGAGACCAUGAAAUCGACCCAACAACUGCAGCUGACCCCAACCAUGUCCUGGAUGCCUUAUCAGGUCUGCUUCUACGGACCACCAGCGAAUGGUCCCGUGAAACAGUCUGCUCCAGGUCAAACCAUGUACCCGGCGUCCUCGCCAGGAGCACCCUACCCGAUCCCCAUGUCUCAGCAGAGGCCUAACGUUCAAAAUCCCAUGAAUCAAGCUCCUAACUAUUUUCAAGUACAGGCACAGAAUGUUCAAGUUUUACCUGUGCCAUCGUUCCCAGGAAAUUUCGGUACCCCUGGUGGUCAGAGGAUUGGACCUACAGGUCCUGGACCACAGAGUUAUCCGAUAUUCCCUGGACAUCAGUCACCCAGUGGUGGUGCGAAUCCAAAGCCUCCCUAUUAUUGCACUUAUAUUCCUGCCCCGACCUUCCAAUUUCCAGCCAUUCCUGGAGUAUCAGAGUAUCAGAGAUCUUCGAUUUCAUCGGAGAAAGAAGAUGAUGGGAAAGAGGGUACCGAUGGUCAGGAGUCUUCGCUGUCUGGAUAUUCAAAGCCAUGUCCGUUCAACAUGAUUCGAUGCGGAGAUGGACAGAAGUGCAUACCGAGGUCGCAAUGGUGCGAUGGUCAGGUGGAUUGCAUGGACUCUAGUGAUGAAAUCACAUGUUCCUGUAGGGACAGGAUAUCCCAGGAGCGACUUUGCGACGGUUACUUUGAUUGUCCUCAUGGAGAAGACGAAUUGGGUUGUCUGGGUUGCCCAAAGACUUCCUUCAGCUGCAACGACUGGUACAAGCGAUACACAGCGGACAAUUGUGUCCCAUUAUCCCAACGCUGCGAUGGUAUAAAACAAUGCGCCAAUGGGAAGGAUGAAGAAGACUGCAAUAUACUAACACCCUCUUACAUCGAGGGCAAAAAUGUAUUCACGAUCGGUUACACCGAAGGGUACCUGCACAAGAAUUACAAGGGUCAAUGGUACCCCGUCUGCACAGCAAUUGAUUCUUGGGCCAAGGAUGCAUGUGUCUCUGAGAUUGGUCCCUCACUAAAAGAAAUGCCUACAGUGAAAAUUCACUCGGUGCCGGAUAACGCUUAUCAGGGUUCUUACCUGGCGGAAUUCGAAGGUGAAACUAAACUAAUUCCCUCCUGCAUGAACACAGCAGUCUACGUGCAAUGUCCUCGUUUUCUUUGCGGCACUACAAUGCUUUCGCAAGAUCCUUUACCAUCGUCCACCCCGAAGAACGACGACCAAAAUAUUGAUUUGCAAACCAAUGAAAUAGGUAGGAAUGUUAGCAAAGAAGAUGAUUUGGUUGGCUCUCAAUUGCGGGUCGUCGGUGGACGCGCUAGUGAACCGAAAGCUUGGCCAUUCCUGGUGGCCAUUUACAAGGAUGGCAACUUUCAUUGCGGCGGUAUCAUCUUAAACGAAUUGUGGAUUCUUACGGCUGCUCAUUGCGUCGACGGAUACAUGAAUCAUUAUUACGAGAUUCAAGCAGGGAUGCUUCGAAGAUUCUCUUUCUCCCCGAUGUCUCAAUACAGAAAAGCACGGUACGCCAUUGAGUAUCCACGCUACAACAGCAAAGACAUGACGAAUGAUAUAGGGAUGAUCAUGUUGGACGAUCCUCUGCGUUUCAAUCGAUGGGUACGACCGGUAUGUUUACCGGAAGAAGAUAUUCUAGGCCCUAUGUGGCGGCGGCAACCGGAACCAUACACCUCCUGCUUGGCUAUUGGAUGGGGUGCUACCAGUGAACAUGGACCAGAUCCUGAUCAUUUGAGGGAAGUCGAAGUGCCGAUAUUAAAAGAAUGUAAGUAUGAGACUGAUCAAACUGAGGCUGUCGUCUGCGCCGGAUAUCCUCAAGGAGGUCGCGAUGCGUGCCAAGGGGACAGUGGCGGUCCUUUGAUGUGCAGAAAUCCGUAUUCAGAAUCACAAUGGUACGUGGCUGGGAUAGUUAGCCACGGAGAAGGCUGUGGUCGACCAGCCGAACCCGGUGCUUAUACGAAAGUCAGCUACUUUCUCAGUUGGAUUCAAGAAAUUUCUAAUGGUCGUGGAAUACCUCCUCUGAAACGAACCCCAUUGGCAAAGUGUCCAGGAUUCAGUUGCAACGGCGGUCUAGGCAAAUGUUUGCCUAUCAAAGCUCGUUGCAAUCGAAUAAUCGAUUGUCUGGACGGCGAAGAUGAACUUAAUUGCAACGUUUAUUGGAAUCAUCCACUCUACAGGAAAUUCGACGAUCCUGAUUCUGAUUUCGAAACUAUUUUACCAUUAGAGAAUAACAUAGAUAAUUCUGCAUCUCAACAAAUUUUGAAAAAUGAUACCGAGGAAGUUGAUACGACCGAUCGAACUUUGACGACGGUAACGGAAAAUAAUGAAGUGGAAUUUGAUAACGUUGAUGAAUUGACAACGCAUAGUUCUAAUGAUGCAGAAACUAGUUCUGUAGAAAUCGAUACGACAACGGAGGCUCCGAUAACUUUCACGUGUGAAAGGUUGCUUCAGAGUAUUUUCAUUAACAAAAGAUGCAACAGAGAGGUGGAUUGCGAGGACAGCACGGACGAAAUGAAUUGCACUUGCAAAGAUUAUUUGCGAAACUUUCAACCAAACGCGAUUUGCGACGGAUAUUUGGAUUGCGAAGACAAAACUGACGAGCAAGAUUGUGAGAUCUGUUCUGCGGAUCAAUUUUUCUGUAAGAAGAGCGGCAUUUGCAUUUCGAUGUCCCAAAAAUGUGAUACACAAUUCGAUUGCAAAUAUAAAGAAGACGAACUGGACUGCUUUACGUUGACCGAUGGCAAGCACGUGUACCUGGACGCUGAUGAGCGACCAUUCUUGAACAUAAAGGGCACUCUUACAAGAAACAUUGAUGGUAAAUGGCGACCGACGUGCCAUCGUCCUAGAAUGCAUAGAAAUCAAUCGACUGCCAUACUUAUUGGACAAAAUAUGUGCGAAUAUUUCGGAUUUGCGGGCUUAAAAUUUUCCCAUUCGAUCACCGUGAAAAACUCAGAAUUAGAAACGAUACGGUGGAAGGAGGAAAACGAAACGCAACAAAAUAUUCCAUCAACCGUCUCUGUAAACGAGCAGAACGAAACCUGUCCAGGACUUUACAUUCGCUGCACACCGGUUCUGAGUGGUAGUAUAAGCACAUACUUGACUAUAGAUACCAGCACCGGAAACCACAUUCACCUGUGGCCGUGGCUUGCCGCCAUCUUUGUCGACGGAGACUAUCGUUGCCCGGCGUUGCUGUUGGAUCACAGCUGGCUGCUGUCUGCUUCGAAAUGCCUCGAAAACAUCAAACUGGACCAAAAUUACGUUACAGCUGUGUUUGGCUAUGGCCCAUUAUUCCGCCAUGUGGAUGGUCCUCACCAACAGGUGUCGAUUAUCGAUGAACUACAACCAGUGAAUAAUUCACAGUCUAUCCUACUGCACUUAAAACGUCGCGUGAAUGUCAGUCGUCAUGUACAACCUCUGUUCCUCGAUAAAACGAUAUAUUUGCCAGGAAUGAACGACACCUGUGUGGCUGUUGGAACUAACGAGAAAUACGAAACUCAGUCGAUUUUCUUGAAAACUGUUUUGCGAAAUUGCAAAAGUUGUCAUCGAUGCUUUAUUAAUAAUAAGAUCUCCGAAUGCUCGGAGGAUCAAACGUCAGAUUGGAGUGGAGUGGUAUUUUGUCAAGGUAGGAAAGGUUGGUACCCUGCGGCCACGUUCCAGGAUCACAAGGGUCCUUGCAGUUUCCGGGAUCCUCAAACUUUAACAGCCAUCGAUCACAUAAAUCCUUAUUUAGUAGAGGCUAUGGAUGGGAAGAGGCAAUCGAUCGAGGCAACUUGCGAUGGUUUUCGGUGCAGCAUUGGAGAAUGCAUUCCGAAAGAUCGAAUUUGUGACGGGGUUCUAGACUGUCGGGAUCACUCAGACGAGAAUCCAAAAUACUGCGAAGAAUUUCGGAAAAAUUGCGAGAACACUGUAGAAGGUUGCAAUUGCUUGAAAUCGGAAUUACGAUGCAGAAAUGGAGCAUGCGUGGACAAAAGUGCAUUCUGUGACGGAAUACCAGAUUGCACCGAUGCAUCGGACGAACCAAUGAUAUGCACCUGUGCAGAGUACCUGAAGUUAACAAACCCAGGGAGAUUAUGUGACGGUGUACGUCACUGUUACGAUAAAACUGAUGAAUCUCCAGAAUUGUGUCCUUGCAGAGACGACAGUCUCAAAUGUAGAACGAGCACUGGCAACGAUACUUGCAUCCCUCAGGAAUUUAUUUGCGAUGGAGAUCGAGAUUGCAUAGAGGGUGAAGACGAAGCAACAUGCAGAAUGUUAAAACGAUUUUCAAAUGACAGUGAUGGAUCUGGAGAAAUAAUUAGUCGAAGUUAUGGUGUAUGGCACACAGAAUGUUUCCCAAACCCUAUCUCGUCACAGGAAGAGGCAACAAAUUUAUGCAAAACAAUGGGAUACACAUCAGGAGAUGUUAACAACGAUACAGUGAUCACUGAAGAACCGAUGCUACCAAGACGAAACGAAUUUUACUUGGUCAGACUAAACAAUUGGUUGUGGAUGACAUUAAAAGACGACAAAUCAAUGAUCACUUUAGUCGAAUCCAAUGAUACUUGCCAUCGUGCGUUCGUCGAUUGUGUUUAAAACUCUAUCAUCAUCGAAUCAAAUAAUUUGUAAUUUAUUUUGUAUUUAUUAUAGAACAACAUUGUAAUAUUUUUCAAUAAAAAUAUUUGCAUUAAAAAGUAUAA